AUGUCUUCAGAACACGGUACUCUGUCCCCCACAACCUCUGGCUACGAUGAUGUCCUUCCGCAGGCUAAGCCCCUGGACGAUCUCGCUGUUCAGAUGAAUCACCUAGCCCUGAGCCCCCAAGAGCAGCGCCAGGACGAGGUCCUCUCCAGCCCUCUUCUGACCGUCCCCCUCAUCGACAGAUCGCCUCCCUCUCAAUUCGGCCUCUUCGGCGCUGCCACCUCGGAAGAUUCAUCCUGCGUGGCAGAAGCUCGUCUCUUCCACAACGUCACAUGCCCCUCGAGCGUCUUCAUCUGCGGCAGCCAGGGCUCUGGGAAGAGCAACACGCUCGCGUGCCUCCUUGAGAACUGCCUCAUUCCCAGUCAGCUUGGCAAGUUGCCUUAUCCCCUGACGGGAAUCGUCUUCCAUUACGACAGCUUCGUCUCCGACUCUGGCGGAUUGCCAUGUGAGGCUGCGUUCAUCGCAUCCCACGAGAAGGUGUCAGUCAGAGUUCUCUGUGCCCCGACGAAUGUCCGCACAAUUCGGAGUAUCUACAGCAGCAUUCCGAAUGUCAAGAUCGAGCCCCUGAAGCUGAGUGACGACGACCUCAACACUCGCCGCAUGAACGACCUCAUGGCUGUGGGGGAAAGCGGCUCUAAGCCGUUGUAUAUGCAGGUGGUCAACCGCAUCCUGCGAGACAUGCGUUUAGAGCAGCAAAAUACCGGACUCGGCUUCAGCUAUGACAAGUUCAGAAAGUAUUUGGCCUUAGAGGACCUGACCCCAGGCCAGCUAAACCCUUUGAACCAGCGCCUCGAUACUCUUGAAAGUUUCAUGGUUAAGGGAGGUGGUUUCGUAGAUGAUACGAUUGAUUGGAAGCCUAAGUCGGGUCAACUGACGGUUAUCGACCUCUCCUGCCCUUGCGUGACGGCAGAGCUGGCUUGCUCUCUCUUCAACAUGUGCCUUUCCCUCUUCCUCGAGCAAAAGUCAUCCAUCGGCCGCGUCGUUGCCCUCGAUGAAGCUCACAAGUAUAUGAAGGAGUCCGAGGAAAGCCAGACAUUGACCAACUCCCUUCUUGAGACCAUCCGCCUUCAGCGUCAUCUCGGCGUCCGUAUCCUUAUCUCAACCCAAGAACCUAUGGUUUCGACAAAACUCCUCGACCUAUGUUCCAUGACGGUCGUGCAUCGUUUCACCUCUCCUGACUGGCUGCGCACACUGAAAACCCACCUGGCGGGUAUCUCAUCGAUGUCAGUUAUGAUGGCUGACGAAGAGGAUGAGACCCAGGCAGUGAAUCCGGUCACUAUCGGAGGCAAGGACCCGAUGAUGGAGAUUUUCUCCAUGAUUCUUUCGCUGCAAACGGGACAAGCUCUUGUCUUUGCACCGAGUGUGGUGCUUGGCCCGCAGGAAAUGGUUAAGGAUGGACAGACUGUGCUUCAGCGACUGGCUCAUCGAGCUCUACGAGUCAAGAUUCGGUCUCGACUGACCAGGGAUGGAGGAAGAACUGUGAUGGCUUGA